UUUCAUCCCGCCCACACGCAUGAAGCAGCAAACAUGGCAGCUCCCACCGACAACAGUCUGCAAAUCUCAGCGUCUAUCGCUGAUAUUUUGAAUGAAAACCACCAACCUCAACACCUGCAGGCUCUAAAGACGUUCACAACUGCUUUGCGGGAGAAAGAAUUCAGAGAUGCUGUGGAGGAGGAGGUAUUCUCCAGUCUGCUGAAGGUCCUGACCAGGCUGUGUGAAGAGCUGCAGGCUGCCAACAGCGACGGUGAAGACCUGCAGUCCUUUACGUUGCAGCUGCAGCUGACUGCCGAGUGCUUCAGGGCCCAGAGGAACUCCUGUAUCCAGAGUACUCGCAACCAAACUCUGCUCAGGGAUCUUGGUUUCAUUGAUGUGUCCCUUAAACUCCUGAGCUUUCUUCAGCCCCUAAAUGUGGAGAGUACAGAUACCAUAUUUGAACCGCUUCGUUGUGGGAUCCAGUUCCUCGGUAACUUGGCAGUCGGAAACCAAAUGUGUAAAGACGACAUUUGGCAGCUAAGCUUCCCAAAUCUUCUCCUGCAGCUGCUCAGUGUUGAAGAUGAGAAGACGGUGAACUACACCUCUAUGGUGCUCCACACGUGUCUGGAUGAAGCCAAGGUGGAGGAUUUGUCGAAUCCACAGAACAUCCAGCUGGCGCUCAGGGUGAUGGAGCUCUGCAGGACGCAGCCCGACCUGGACUGGACGGUGAUCAUCGCAACCCAGCAUUUCCUCAGGUCUUCAGCUCUCGUGGAGAGCAUGUACUCUGGGAUGUCUCACCAUGAAAGAGUUACUCUACUGGAGCUGCUCUUUGCCCAGCUCAGAGAGGAGGACUCGGAGGAGUGUGGCGUCCCUCCCAGCGUGGCUCGUUUCCUGGCCAGCUCCUUCCAGCAGGGCUGUGGAGCUGUUCUAACACUCGCUACUGGCUCUGCUUCCAGUGACGAGGUCCUGCAGGAGGCGCUGACAGUGAUCAGUCUGCUGGACGUGCUGUGUGAGAUGACCUCAGACAACAAGCAGUUCAUGUUCCUGCAGGACCAUCCUGACCUCCUCAUGACCACUGUUGGGCUCCUGGAGCAGGUUCAUGCCAUCGGGAAAGCCAGCAAGAAUAUCUUCAGCGCCGCUCAGAACUUCUCUUCCUUCGGUGGGGAUGUGGACUCGUCCUCUCAUUCUCCUGUCAUCAGCUUCAAGGCUCACCUCAUCAGGCUCAUAGGAAACCUCUGCCACGGCAACACCGACAACCAGAACAAGGUGAGAGAACUCGAAGGCAUCCCGCUCAUCCUGGACAACUGCAACAUCGACAGCAACAAUCCUUUUAUCAGCCAGUGGGCCAUCUUCACCAUCAGGAACCUGCUAGAACACAACACGCAGAACCAGCAGCUGGUCGCCAACCUGGAACGUCGCGGCACCGCCGACUACUCUGCGCUCAGGGAGUUGGGUUUCUUGGUGGAGGAGCGAGACGGAAGCUUGCUGCUCAAACCUGUCAGGAAAGACUCCUAAAAACACUGGAGGAGCAGCAGCGAGGAGAACGAAGCUUUUCAAGAAAACAGGUUCUCACGCAAAGCAGUUAAGAAAGGGGGAAAGAAAGUACACGUUCACACGUAUACUCUUGUGUGAACGUGUACGCUUUUUGUGUUGCAAGCCUCAUUAAUCAGCUUCUUCUACGGGUUUACAACCUGUUCAUCACCCAACUACCGUAACUUCCGUGCCUGUCCAGAAUAACUGACAGCCACACUGCCGAUAGAGAAAGCAAAAAAAAAAAGGCGCUUUUGAAUUAGAUGUUCCUAUCAGAGAAGUAUAUAUAACUUACUUUUCUACCUCAGUAAUGCUAACACUUGUGCCCAGCUUGGGCACAAGGUAUUAUUGGUCCACAAAAGGCCCAUGGGGUCCUCACUGGUAAAGAAGGUCAGGAUGUCAGCAGCUCCUGCUUUGUCUUGACCUGAGUCUGGGAAAUGAAGAGUUUGUGAGAGGCGAGCACAUGCUGGUACCUUUUGGCAACGCCGAUGCUUUGUGGUUUAAUCCAAAGACAAAGAGCGCCGCAGUGUUCGGGCUUUUCGCUUUUCAGAGACAGUGAUGUUACCAGCAGGAGUUGGAGUUUAAUCCCAGGCCCAUAGUGGCUUCUGCAGUAACCAUGAAACAGAGAAUGACCAAAACAUGAUGUACUCUACCCCCUCCCCGCCUUACCUAAUUAAACGGUCGCAUCCUAGGCCACCGUAUUAUUCAAACGCUUCAAAUAGUUGCUUAUCUAAACAGACGUAUAGUUAUUAAUACUUCAAUCUAAGGGCGUCCAAGUGCAGAACGCAAUAACAAACGAAAUAUUCGACUCUAUGCAUGUUUUGUCAUUUAAAAACAAGGCUCAGCGUGCACUACGAGCAUGUUUCUCCGCUUGCUUUUGCAAUAACAGUCAUGAGUCUUGUGAAUUUCAUCUUCUCUUUCUAACCUGUUGAUAACCAAGAGGGCUUAAGGCAUGCAGCAUAAACCACUAACCAUCCUAAUAUUAGUAAGAUUAAUAUUUGUGUUUUACGUUUUUUUGCUCUGAAUAAGUUAUAUUUGACUUUCUUAGAUAUUUAAUAAAAUACCGUACUUCCGAUUUAGCUGUAGCCGUGUGUUUGUGCGCUUCUUCUUUUCGGUAAACAGCGGAUGAGAGCAUACUGAAGAGUGUGCAUCCGCCGAGUGAAUGAGUGAAUGAAUGAACGAGUGAGUGAGUGAGGGAAUCAGACCAGAAGCAUUAGUUUGCAGAAUGACAUCCCUCCCUGCUCCUCCCGCUGCUGGAUAAGCUGAACGGUCCUGACAAGCCAACAAUGCAGCGCUUUACGGGCCUGCCCACACCCUGCUCCACCCUGUUUGCUCUGCCUCUGAUUUUUAAUGACAAAAUGUAUUGAAACAAUUGGCUGGACUCUCCCCUCAAUCCGCCAGCAUAGUGAAGGGAGCUUAUGCGGUUCCGGUCCCCAGGAUUUCAGACAGCUAACAAAACAGCUGUUACUCGCGCUCGACUGGCUGGCUGCAAUGCUUUUCAGCCCCACAGGAAAGAGGCUGUGCAAGUCAGCCGGGCUGAAUGAGGUGGCAUGGCCGCGGCCGUGCGUUCACCUCCUCACACAUCAGCGCCACAUCGGUCGAGGGCCAAAACUUCUUGUUUCCCAUAUCAGCAUUUUACGCUGCAGGCCUCUACUGUAAUGCGGUUUGAUAUCGACCUUCAGCAAAAUCCACCAAAACCCACCUUGUUAAGAGUUUAAGCUACAUGUUUGGUUCUGGUAAUGAGUUUCUUUAAUGACUAAUAAAGUAUUGUGUGUGUGUG